UGGGGGCACCGAAUUCGAAGCGGCGCCGCGCCAAGCCGAUUGGGCAGCGUUGCAAAGGGCGGGCCGUACGCGUCGCCCAAUCGGGAGGCAGAGGGCGGGGCGGCGCUCGCGGUGGCCGACGGGAGCCGGUUGCGUUCGAACUCGGGGGUUCAGGGAAAUACUGUCCACCUUACAGCUACCACAAGAAUGGAUGCUCUGUUUGUAGCAAACCAAUUGAGGCAUCUGUCUUCAGACCCAGGGAAUAGAGAAACAAUUGUGAAAGAUGAAGGAUGUCUUUCUGGCCUCAUCCUGUUUCUGGACCAUCCUAACACAGAAGUUGUAUAUUUAGCUCUUCAGGCACCUCAGUAUCUUUCAGAAUGUCCUUCCAACUGUGAAAUUGUGACAAAAGAACCAGAUAUAAUGUGGAAGCUGGAGAAAUUGCAGAAAAGACAUGACACCAAUGGCAGUCUUCAGCUUCUAGCAAGAGAAGUACAGAAUGCACUGAAUACAUGUUUUUAUAUCAGCAAUACACAAUGUACUCCACAAGUAUUUGAUAACAAGUUCAAAGCAGAGUUUUUCCUGAACAGCUCCAACAAGACAGCAAAGACCAUUACUCUUCACAUUGAAGGACUAGAUAAUGUGCAUACCAAAAAUCUAUAUGAGGAAGCACUGUUAAAAGUCAAAGGAGUAAUCAGCUUUACAUUUCAAUCAGCUCUCAGAAGAUGCACUGUACGUGUAAAAUCAGAUCUUGAAACAGAGACCCUAGCUUCUGCUAUUGCUGCAACAAAAGUAUUAGAAGCACAACUGAUUAGAAGUGAAUCUGGAAAAGAGAUUGUACAAGACGAUGGAAAUCUGAAUAUACCAGUAUCAUGUUGCACAAAGUAGUAAGAUGGUUAUCAAGAGGCAAGGUUUUAUCCCAAGUUUACAAGUUGAAGGAGGAAGUGUUAACAAUUUUUACACACAAACAUCCACCUGAUUUCUAUGAUCUGUUGAGCAGGCAUAGCUGGUGCUCUAAAAACUAGCAUAUCUUGCUGGCAUAUUUCUGUAUUUGAAUAAACUGAAUACCAGCAUGCAAUGUCCAAAUGAAAAUAUUUCGACUCCUUCUGAUGAAGCUUAGCUCUAACUUAGCUGACGACCAGGGAUCCAGAUAAGAUUCAGAUCUGGAAGGCUCAAACUAAUGUCUGAUAACUAGAAAUGUUUCCCCCUCAGAGCUGCAUCAAAUAAUAUAGAAGUCUUGCUACUGAUAUUGGAUGACUUGGAAUUGCUAGAAGAUUCAAAAAUGUUUCCCAGAUGUGGAUGUUGCAGAGUAUGCUGGGUUAGAAACCUGUUUACGGAAAAAUCAAGAAUCGGGGAAUUCAGUCUUCAGGAAAAACUUGCUGAUAAGCACAGUGAUCAGACCCUAAGACUGAAAUAUGGUGCAGUAUCUUUCAAUCACGUCUGUGUUUAACUAACCAAGCAAUACACCAACAUUUCAAAAUAAGCUGUAAAAUAUUGUAAUUUUCAACAUCAUAUGUGAGUUGGGGUUCUCUGCUUUAACAAACAAAAAAAAAAUGAGAGAGAGGCAACUUUCAGUGGAAGAGGAAGUGAGUCUCUUUAAUUCAGCCACAAAUUCAAGAUAUUUGCAAGAACCACCAGCCUGUCUCAUUAAUUAUAUGGGUUAUUCAUGUGUGUUUUUUCCAGUUUGAUUAAAAAAGGAUGUGUCCAGUCAUUUUUUUACCCACUGUAAUUAACUGUUUUUUUAAUGAGGUACCACUAAAUUUUGACAAGUUAUGGAGAGGUGCCUUGAGUCUGAAAAGGUUAAGAACCACUGGCCUAUAAAAUGUAGGCACUUGCCUCAGAUUUGUUAAUUAAACCCUAAAAGUUGUUGUGGUAAUAUUCAUUUUCUAGCCUGUAUCCAAGAAAGGGCAGUGUUUCAGCCCUCCUUAUUGAAAUUUAAAAAAAAAAAAAAAAAAAAAAAAAAUUUUGUAUGCUAAAAGCAUCCAAGCUUCGGUACAGCAAGGUACAAAUUCUUUUAAUUUUCAGAUUAUUGUUCCAUUUAAGACUGCAAGUGUGCUACGGCAAUCUCACUUGCCAGAAUACUUACCUGAAGAGGAAAGUCUGCAUGAAGAAUCUGAAAAAGCAGUUUUGCAAACUGGAACAAAGACUGAUGCAAAGAGUAGCUGGAUCAAUAGUGCCACACAUUUCUUGACCAAAGCUUUCUACUGGUGACUCAUGAGUCAGCAGAAGUUAUUCAAAACAUUUCUGAUUGUGUAGUUGUGAUGGAGCCAUUUAGUAUCUAUUAUACUGCUCAGGGACUUAACAAAUAACAGGUAGUGCUUUUAGUUUCCUUGUUAGUGGUUUACUUCUGUCAUAAAACCAGGAAAGAAUUCCAGGAACAUGCGUCCCCCAAGAUGGUGCUUCUGGUUAGUGUAUAUAAAUUAAACUACUGCUUGGGUUGUUGAACAAACAAAAUUGAGGCAUUGCCCCAGUAGCAGCUACAUGAGCAAAGAAACAUUACACUUAAGCAAGGUAGCUACCUAUGUUUGUUUGACCUUAGGCAGAACACAAGACAGGGUAGCACCUUGUAGAUUAACUCAUCCAGAGAGGCUUUCACAGCUUCAGUUAUAUCUGACGAAGUAGGCUAUAAAUUACAAAAGCUCAUGCCUCUGAGUGAGUAAUCUGUGAAGGUGUAUCCUGCCUUGCAUUCUAUCUCUAUACUAAAUACAGAGUUAAAAAGAGGGCUUCUAUCUAUGGCCUAAAAAUGUACACUUUAAUCACACUGCUAAAAAUUUACGCCCUGAAUAAGUAUUGUGGUAUAUACCUUCAUUCGUAUCCAUUUCUCAGAAGUGGCUCUUAAAGGGAACAGUCCUUAUGUGAUCUACUGCAAGGUUUUUGUGACUACUAAAACAGGAAGUUAAUAUGGUUAGUUCCCAUUUUACUUUGUCACUGAGACUGCUUUGGCAAGAUUAAGUGACUAUUUUCAAAUUGUCUGUCUGCUGCAGCUUUGUUAUAGAGUGCAAUCUGAACACUAUUUUUUAUUUUGGUAACAAGAAACCA